AUGAAAGCAACUAAGCAGAUGAAACCCAGCACUACCAGAGAAAUAAAUGCAGGAACAUCAAUUUUUAAAAAAAGUUCAUCUGUAUUACAAGGCUCAUCUCCUAGUAAUUCAAAGAUAAAACGUAAAAUAAAGUUCUUGGCAGAUGAAAGUGAGCCACUGGUGCUCGGACCUCCAUCACCAGGUGAAUCUAUGGUAAAGUAUUCCAUACCAAUUCCAUCUGAAAAUAAACCUGAUAUGAUAGAUGAACUGCAGAUGCUAAAGGACAUCACUGAUCAUCUAAAUGAGCUUGUGCACACAAUGGAAUAUGUGUAUGCUAAGAAAGUUGAGGAGGAGGAGGAAGAGGAGGAAGAGGAAAAGGAAAAGGAAAGCUCAGUUGAAAGUCUUGAGGAUAUAACUACAUUCCUGCUAUGUUUUUCAUCAGCUACAACACAACUAGAAACAGCAUUUGAGGAAGAAAAACAAAUAUUAGAGUCUUUGCUUAAGUGGUUUGGAAAGAUAGUUCAGCAGACGGAAGAGCUAGGAGAAGAUGAACUUAUUCCAGAUUGGCAGCUACCUUUGGCUGAUAAAGACAUAACAAAUAACAUUGCUAAAUUAGUGCAACGCAUCCAAAAGCUUGAAGAACUGAAAGGCCGUGUUCAAGACCUGCCCAAGUCCAUCCAGAUUCCUGCAGCCAAGCAGGAAAAGAAAAAACGAGCAAGCCCAGUACCAUCAAGUCAUAGAGAUCCAAAGGCUAUUUUAGAAGAUCUUGUAAUGAAACAUGCAACUGAGGAUGUAGUCAGCAUGACACAUGCUCUUGAAGAUGACCUGACACCACAAACAAUUGAAACGAUGAGCACUCGCAUACUAGACAUAAUGAAAGUAUUUGAAAGACAAACAAAUAAAUUACAACGAAUUUCAAAUGAACAAGAUGUCCUAGAAGGUAAAUACCAGAAGAUUAAAAAUGAAUAUCAGUUGCUAGCAGAAGAAAAACAGAUAAUGGAGAAUGAACUUCAAAAGAUGAGAGAGGAAGAGAAGCUAGGGAAAGAAAAAAUAAUACCAGAAUCCAGAAAGAGAUUUUUAUCAAAACUGGAAAGAAAACAACCUGUUGAGGAUGCUGAAGUAUCUUCCCUAUCAGGAGUUCAGGCAGCAGGAACCAUUAAUGGACACGGAGGGUGGGAAGCAAGGAGAGUUUCUGUUGUUCAAUCUAAAAAAGAAAGUGAAAAUCAGAAAAUGAAAGAAGAUUUAAUUAAAGCUCAGGAAAAUCUUCAAGUUCUUGAAAGAGAGAAGAAAAACCUUGAGGAAAAGUUACAAAAAGCUUUAGAGGAAGCUGAAAAAGCUAACAGGAAAAUCACAAAAUCAGUAACACCUUCCCAUGUUCAAGAUACACACUUCAUUUAUCCUGAGGCUGAUGAGGAGAAUGCUGGCACUGAUAUGAAAAUAAAUGGUAAAGAUUUAUCAAAGAAAGGCAAAUCUCCAACAAAAUCUGAAGGUAAGGGAGAAGAUCAUACAUUUUCAAGACGCAAGUCUAUUAAUGAAACUGAUAAAUCAGUACAGAAAUUACCAGCAGUUGACACAGGAAAGCAAACGGAUGAACUACUUUCAAGGAAAACUCCAGUAGAAACUGAGAAAAACCAAGAUAUUGUGACAUCUCAACUGAAAAAUGUUAAACUAGAGAAAAAAGUGUUAACUGAUAAAGAAAACUCUAAAGAUUAUGGAAUUCCAGCAAGCAGUUUAAAGGAAAAAGUCCUUGUUCAGGAGAGAGAACAACUGUAUAAAGCUAAAGAAUCUGCUGGUGUCAUGGAAGAGACUCCAAAACUUCAGUUUCCUCAGUCUGAAUAUGAGAGAGUACAGUAUACUCAUUCUACUGAAAAAGAAUCACUCCCGUUGUUACCUGUUAAAAUCAAAGAAGAAUCAAAAGGGAAAAGAAGGCAUACAGAAGAAAAGUCAGAACCUCCUUUGAAAUUAGAUCCCAAAGGAUCUACUAAACCUAAAAAAGCUGCAGAAACAAAAAAAGGAAAUUUAAUGAGAAAAAGCACAGGGAAAGAAACACACAUCACUGCUGUUUCAGAUCUCCCACAGUUACACAAAGUCCAAGAAGAAUCACCUUUGGACCUCUACUCAAAGAGUCAAGACAAGUCAUUACCAAGGGUUUUAGAUCAGCUUAUCUCAGCAAGGCAAGAGAAAAUAUCUCCAGAAAUCUCCCAGGAAAAGGAAGCACAAGUUGAAGCAACUCUUAAAUCCAGUAUCCAAGAAAAUCCUUCUCUCUUCACAUACGAGAACCUAACAUUGCCAUCAACUUUAAUUCCCAAAGGUCAAGUUUCUUUUAAAGACUUACCGCCCAGUCACAAAGUAUCUCCUUCCAAAAUUAAAGAAGAAUCUCGAACAACUCCUGUUUCUCCUAUUGAAAAGAUACCUGCUACCAUAUCAUCUAAGAUUCUGGAAGAGGUAUCUGCAGUUUUCACUCCAGAGGAUAAGAUGAUAUCUACUACAACUUCUUCUGUCAAAGAAGACAGGGUUUUUCUGGGAGAUAGUCAAGAACUACUUGAAGUUUAUCAGCCUUAUGUACAAGAUUCUCCUAAAGCUUAUGAGGAUGUUCAUGGGCAUCUAGAAGAAUUUCAUAAAGAUCAAAAGUUCCAGGUUUCUCAAGAGGAUAUUCAAGGCCUUCUUAAAGAUCAUGAGACUAUAAUUUUGGAGAAUAUUUUACCCAGUGAAAAAAGUCUUCCAAGGAUUUACAAAGAGGCAGUAGAUCUUAAAGAAGAUUUAUCAGACACAGAAAGACUUCUGUUACCAAAUCAGUUGAAAAAUCUGAAUGAGAUUCAACAAGCACAGACUCUUAUUCUGGUAGAAGCAGGACAAAACAUUGGGAAGACAAUAGAUGACCUCUCAGACAAUAGAAAAAGUUUGCUUGCAAAUAUAGCAUCAAAUACAGAAGUUCUUCAACGUAUGGUGGCUGUUGAAGCUGGCCAACCAGGCAGUAGCAAUGAGAAAGAUAUAAAUAAACUAUCAGAGAAGAGAAGAUUUCUGCUUACCAGAUUGAAAUCAAAUUUGAAAGAUCUGCAACAAGCAGAAGCUCUUGCUGCUAGCCAACCAAGCAGUAUGAAUGAGAAAAAAGUAUAUGAGCUAACUGAACAAAGAAAGAUGUUGACUUCAAGUUUAGAAGCAAAUCUACAAGAUCUGCAACAAGCCCAAGCUCUUGCAGCAGGCCAAGUAGUAAAAUGCAGACCUGAUGGGGAUGAGAGGAAACUAUAUGAGCUAUCAGAAGCAAGAAAGGUUUUGCUUGCAAGUCUGGAAUCAAAUCUGAAAGAUCUGCAACAAGCACAGGCUUUUGCAUCUAGCCAACCAAGCUCUAUGACUGCAAGCAAAGUAGAUGAGCUAACCAAGAAAAGAGAGAUUCUGGCUGCAAAGCUGGAAGAAAAUCUAAAGGAUCUGCAACAGGCACAGGAUUUUGUAGCAGGCCAGAAUGGAAAAGAGAGAUCAAGUGAGAAAGAUAGACUACAAUUACCAGACUUUAGGAAGGUAGCAAGUCAACUAUCAAAUUCGCAAAUACCAAAGUCAGUGUCAUCACUUGCAAGUCUGCAGCUAACAUUAAGUGAACUAUCUGGCAGCAAAAUGGCACACUUAGAGACAAAAAAACUCCUGCCAGAAAGACAACUAUUAAGUAGUAAAAGUGCACAGCUGGACCAUACUCUUUCAGCACUCCUGCCUCAAGACCAAAACACUAAAAAUGACAUGGAACAGAUAGCAUUAAGAAAACGUCUCCUGCUUGCAAAUCUGCCUUCAGCUUUUCCAGAUAUACCUCCACUGCCAAAUCUACCACCACUCCAAUUAAGCCUCACUGAGAAUGAAAUACAAGAAUUAUUAGACAAAAAAAGGCACCUGCUUACAAGUCAAAAAUUCAAUCUUGACUAUCUAUCACAAGCAAAGGCUCUUGCACAGAUCCAGUUACAACAAAACAAUGUCAUUGGGAAGGAAGCUCAACAGUUACCAGACAUUGAAAUUUGUCAGAAGAAAAAGAUAGUAAAGAAAUCUUCCAUUUCACAUAAUAAAGACCUUAAUAAGGGAGCCUUACUGAGUCGUCAGAACACAGGCAAGAUGGUGCACUUGCAAAUGAUGGUGUCCUCCAGGUUUGCAAGGGAUGUCUCAAACACUUUCACUACAUAUAACAGUACUAUGAAACACUCUGUAUUUCUGGAAAGGGUUAUAGUGUGCUGA